GUAAUUCCGAUAAUUGUCGUGAUUGAUCAGGAGCAGGGCGUAGCUCUUAUUGCUGAAAAGAUCUUGUCCGUGAUGAAAAUUUGCCAAGAAGAUAAGAUGAAGAUUACAGUGUGAAAAAAUUUUUUUGAAUUCAUCACAUUUCAUUCGUUCGUCACCCCCUAUUACGUACCACGACUCCGCUGCCCCUGGUAAGUGCCCCUGCUACCAUCAUGGCUUCCUCUUCUUCUUCCUCUCUUCGUGGGAACAAUGCGGGUCUUUUCCUGCCCGCGUGGUCCGUAAAGGAGGGGGACGAGCAACGGGAGCAAGUGUGCGACUUUCUCUGGGACACCGACCAGGAAUGCGGGUUUCUGGGGUCGCCCUGGAACGAGCACGAGCGCGCGCCGGCUUGGUACCGCAGCCCGUGGUCGGCGAAGUAUUUCCGGGGCCCGCAUUCCUUCCGCGAGGGCCGGUUGGUCAGCGUGGCGGAGAACGAGGAACGACCACGGGAACGCGUGGACGAGUUGCUGGGACACAUGAGAAGUACGGAGCAGGAAUUCAACGAUCUGUUCUCUAAAUACGUCGAUUACUACUAUGGCAAGGACGCUGCGGUCAGCACGGUAAUUCUCUGGGCCCCGCACCAGCAGCAGAAUUUUAGCAGCAGUACGUCAACAUCAGCGGGUACGGCAACAAGUACAACGAGAAUGGGGGCUGGUGGCGCGACCACAGGUUUUAAUCCUCAUCAUGCGCCAGCCGCGUCAGGGGACCAGCGCAACAUGAAGCUGAAAAACUCGUUUUUCCUUUCCGCGAGCGUGCUCGACCCGGAGGAGGACGCUGUGCUCGAGGGCGUCUUUCUAGUGAAAAAACUGGAAACCCACCCCGAAAAGGACCUCGUUCAUCGUUCUGCUGAAGAUGUGCCUCCAUCGCUGCAAGAUGGAGGCCGCGGAGUAGAGAGGAAAAAUAUUUCAUCAUCGUCUUCUUCGCAAGUAGAUGUUGAAAAUGUGGUACAACAUGAAAAUAAAUCCGUUGAGUGGAACGCGAUCCACCGUAUCCGGCUCUCCGAGCUUUCAGCCAAGAAGCUCCUCCACGCGGCGACGCAAACCACCUCGGUGUUCCGGGUGUGGACCUGCGUGAUCCUGACGCACAGCACGAAACAGGAAAAGGCGGGCCAGGUGGUGCAGCGCACCCGGGAGGAGAAGCACCGGAAGGGGAAGCGGGUGGAGAUUUUUGGGAGGAUGGUGGAGAACAUCGAGAACGAGAUCCGAAACACGCUGGAGAGUGUGUAUCUCCCGAAACACCAAGAUUUGCUGCUGCAGGAGCUGAAUUGCAUGGGGCCGAACCUGCAACAGCAGAAAAGCCAAUUGCGCUCUGAGUUGCAGGCCAAGCUCGUCCAGGACAUGAUGAUCGUGGAGCAGGAUGAUGAAAAGGAAGAUUUCCAAUUAUGAGGAUUUCUUGCAAGGUUUUUGUUUUUGAUAAUCGCGGACCACAAUGCUAAGAAUCGCAGUCGCCUCUUAGUUACGGGUGGAACGGUAGCAAAGCAGCAAGUUGAUCAU